AGAAGAAGAAGAAGAAGAGGAGGAGGAGGAGGAGGAAGAAGGGAAUAGAGGAAAUGGUGAGAUGAUGAAAGAUCAUUUAGAGUCAUCUCCUCUUCCCUGUAUCACUACUCCUCCUGUACCGUUUGUUAAUAUGCCUGAGGAGGAAAAUAACUCUUCUUUGACAGAAGUACAAAAUUUGUCUUCACCGCCACAAGCAAUUGCAGUAACUGGUACUAAUAAUAAUCAUCUACAAACGUCUACCCAUGGUGCUGCUAAUGGACGAAAUAGUGAAUCUACCGCCUUAUUGUCUACAACUUUAGUUGGCUCUCCUAUCUUUGAUAAUAACUUAUUAUCAACACCAUCUAACAGUAAUGCAUAAUAUUUUUUUUUCUUUCUUUUUGUACUCUUCAAUUUUAACAAGUAGAGAGCUUAUUAUACACAAAAUUCCAUAUAUGUAUAUGUAUUUAUAUAUAUAUGUGUAUAUUUAUGUAUAUGUAUAUUUUCAAUUGCUUGUAUUUAUAUAUUUAUACAUAUUUUCGACAUAAUUAUUAAUCCAUGUUUUUUUUUAAAAAAAAAAAAAA